AUCGAUCGGAAAAACAAGGAGAGAGAGAGAGUAAAAACAGAAAAAAAAAAAAAAUCAAAUCCAAUCCAGCACAGAUAUUUGUUCGGGAACACACAAGCAAAGCUAAAGCUGCUCAGUUUCUCUCGCAGCUUCGACAUGGCAGAAUCACGUGCUCCACUCUAGGGUUUCGCUCUCCAAGCUCUCUUUCUCACUCACUCUAAUGCGUGGAGGUGUUACCAAGUUCAGUGAAACUGUCAAAGUAGCUGGUGUAAAUUGGUUUCCAAUGGCAUUUUUUCCUUCCACAAGAGCAAUAAACCGUUGACUAUUUCAAGAAUGGGAAAGGAUGUGCCACCUUAUGUAUUAAGUUUCACUAGAUACACUUGUGCCCAAUUUACAUCAAGAACAAGCAUUGAAGAGAAUCAAUGCAAUACUCGUUGUAGAUUUGAUCUACUUUUUGGGUGGCCAAUUGUUGAGUGUUUUUUUGAAAAAUUUAUGAGAUGCAUUGAAUCCUAUAAAUGUUGUAAGAUGCUGUACAGGUUUUUGGAUAAUACACCUAGCCUUUGGAGGAUUGUUUGGAAGAGCUAGAGCAUUGUAUUUUGUCUGUUUGAAGAUUAAUAUCUGUUGAAAUAGACUUGACAUCAAUUUUGAGGCCUUUUCAGAUACCUUCUUUAGUUAUUGGACCAAUUUGUUACAGAUGAUGAAGAGUCUAUCUUAUUUGAGGCUUGCAGGCCGGUGGCAUUGUUAAAAGGUUUAUGCAUCAUUAAGAAAUCCUUAGGCUGUGUCUGAUGUAUUACAUAAGGAAGACCUGAUAGUAUAAGCAAACAGUAUCAAGCCUUACUAGGUGUUUGGCACAUCAAAGUGACAAGAACGUUGCUUUUGUCAAAGAGAAGCAUUACGAUUUUGGCAAGUGAGAUGAGUGGAAGUGGCAAAAAGCGCUCUUCAAAGUGGGAUUUGAGAGACGAUCCUGAUUUUUCACCUGAUGAUAGUCAGCAAUUGCGGUCUGGGUGGUCCUCUGCAGGUGAUAAAUUAAAGCCUGGCAUGGGAUUUUCGUCCAAGGAACCUUUUUCUGGAGGCAGAGGUUCAAAUAAGGACGAUAUUAUGAAUAAAGACUAUAGAGUUUUGGAUGCAACAAUGGAAUGGGAUGAGGAUGGAAGUUACAACAAUGAAAUGUCUCCUGGGUUGGAGGGAUGGAAACAUAAUAAGAGACAUAGUCAAUCCCCCAAAAAUGGUUGGAGCAGGUCAGUCAGGAGUAGUCGAAGCAGGAGCCCUCCUCAUGGUUUUAGGUGGGAUUCAGGAGUCAAUGACAGAAAUAGAAUGCGGGCUGGAGGAUCGACACAACCAUGUAGAGAUUUUGCUGCUGGUAAAUGCAGAAGAGGCAGCCACUGCCAUUUUCUUCAUGAUAAUCAAAAUCAUGAGGAUAGUUGGGAAGAUAAGUACAGGGAAGAUGGAGCUCCCAGAUAUUCUGCUCCCCACGAGGGUAGAGACUAUUCUCUUAAGAGUGGUAGAUCUAAUGAAGCCUGUAUUAAUUUUCCAAAAGGAAGGUGUAGAAUGGGAGCAUCAUGCAAGUUUGUGCAUCAUAACAAUUCUGAUGGACACAGUAAAGUUUCUGUGGAUGAAUUAGCUAGAGAGAGGGAAAUUGAUAGAAGGCACAGAGACAGUUCUUUUGAGCAGGGUGGAGGGCAUGGGCCAAACCGUAGUGGUGAUACUCUUUGCAAAUUUUUUGCUAAUGGACAUUGUCGUAAUGGUAAAUAUUGUAGGUUUUCUCAUGAUAGGCAAGCAUGUAGAAGCCCUAAUAGAAGAUCAAGAGAUGAUAGGUGGGCAAGCAAUCCUGGAGGAGAUUAUAAUAUGCUGGAUAGACCGAAAUUGAGUGAUUCAGUUAGUCCUAAUAGAAGGCCAAGGGAUGAUAGGUGGGGUUCAGAUGGUAACAGGGCUGAUGCAGAUAAAGUUUGGGACAGUCCAAAGCGGAAUGAUACAGUUGCUGUCUCUGAUACAGCAAAGCUGGUUGAGGACAAAAGUGAAAAUGUGGUUGCCGCAGAGCAAGGAUUCACCCCUUUGGCUACGAGGGAUGGAUGGGGUCAUAGUUUGGAUAAGAGCAGAGUGCAUGGUGAACAACCAUUUUCAAGUGAUAAGAAGGAAGCUGACAGUUGGAUAACAGGAAAUAAUGCUGCCAACAUGCAUGGUUCCCAGUCAAUAGGUACAGACAUUUGGUUGGGUGAUGAUGCAAAAAUGUCUCCUGAUUGGGAUUACAGGGUGAGAUCUUCCAGCUGUAUUGAAGAAAAGCAUGAACAGAAUAAGCAUGGGAUAACGCAGGGUUUUAUGUAUUUAGACACCUCUGAACAUGACAGAAUACAAAUUGCUCCAGGACAAGGUUUUAAUCAGAAUGCAGUGAGUUUUAAUUCUUUGCAUUCUUCAAGCUGCCAAGCAGUUGGACAAAGUCAAGUAGCAGUUCCCAUUCUACCUUCAAAGGGUGGAAUUGUUGAUGGUAUGCUGAAACAGGAAGUCUCCACUGAGAAAAAGUACACUGCUGAACCAAAUAUCAUGGAUGCUGGCUUAUCACAAGUUAGUUCAAGAAAUCCUCCUCCAACCGCGAACGUGGUAGGCAAAGAACAGCUUGCUCAGCUUACCAAUCUCUCAGCCUCGCUGGCUCAUAUCCUCGGGACAGGGCAACAGCUGCCACAACUUUAUGCUGCUUUAAAUUCUCAUGAUGCAAAGGACAUAUCCUCCCUAGCAAAAACUGAGGUGCCUGCUAUGCCUGUUUCCAACACAUUCAUCAGGCCAGAUCCUACUGUUGGACUCCUGAAGCAAUAUGAUCCAAUGUGUGACAGUGUUGAGCCAAAGAGUGCUGUUGCAAGUGGGGUACCCCCAGCCAUUCCUCCAAGUCAAAAAGUUGCAGAUGUAGUGGAAAUUCCGUCACAGUCCAACACAGGAAGACAAAAUUGUGGUGAUUCUUCCAAGGCUGCUGGCUCAGAAGAACUUGUCAAGAGUGAUCCUCUAAUCCAGUUGCAGCCAGGUCAAAACACUGGGGUUAAUAAGGAAAUGUUACCUGAGGAAACUCUAAAAUCUAAAGAUGAUCCUAAAAGUACCAAAGAGAGUGGUCCUUUUGAAAACAUGGAGCAAACUGAUGGUCCUGAUGAGGCAAAGAAAAUAAAGGGUAUGAAGGGGAAUCGUGCAUUUAAAUUUGCAUUGGUUGAGUUUGUUAAGGAGCUUCUAAAACCAACAUGGAAAGAUGGUCAAAUCACCAAAGAAGAUUAUAAAACAAUUGUGAAGAAAGUUGUUGAUAAAGUAACUGGUUCCAUGCAGGGGGUCAAUAUUCCUCAGACACAGGAGAAAAUUGAUCACUAUUUGUCAUUUUCAAAACCAAAGCUUAACAAACUUGUACAGGCGUAUGUGGAAAAGGUUCAGAAGGCUUAGUGCAAUUGUUGAAAUUUGACUGCCAACCCUAUCGUUUAUAUUUUACUCAGCACUGUUGUCUUCAAUAUGUAUUCUCUUCUUUAUCUCUGGAUUUUUUUGUUUUGUCUUGGCCAUUUGUUUGCGUACUUUAGCUCCUUUGCAGCUAUUGCAUACAAACAAUCUGGGAGCAUUUUUUGGGCCUUUAAUUUUUUUUUCUUCGUUUCUUUGGGGAAAAAUUAUUAGGUGUUUGUGCCAUUAGACAAUAGUUAGGCAGUUAUGUGGGAUUUAAUUUAUUUUUCCAGUUUAUUGUAAUUAUAGGAGACAGCUGUUUGCUUUUCAGAACAGUGAGACAGAAUGGAACCAAAACAUGCUCAAGUCCAAUGCUUGAUUAUUUCAAACUGGACGGAGGAGGUUUCAAUGUCUAUUUUUAAUUAUAAAUUCUCAUGUAUGAGUUUGCCUGCA